GAGGAACCGGAUCCCCCACCCCCUCGCAACACCGCGCCCCCGUCUUUGAAUGAGCCUUCCUCCUCCUCGGCUCUGACCAGCCCUGCAAGCGAGCUGACGACGGAAGCCGAGCCGGAGCCCGGAGCGCGCGAGGGAGAGAGUGCAAGGCGGUGAUUCGAUGGCGAAGCUGUACGUGCAGGCGGUGCCGCCGCCGGAUCUGAACAAGAAUACGGAGUGGUUCAUGUACCCCGGGGUGUGGACCACCUACAUCCUCAUCCUCUUUGUCUCCUGGCUCCUCGUCCUCUCCGUCUUCGGAUGCACGCCCGGCACGGCGUGGACGCUCGUCAACCUCGGCCACUUCGCGAUUACAUACCACUUUUUCCACUGGAAGAAGGGGACUCCAUUUGCUGAUGAUCAGGGGAUGUAUAACACAUUGACAUGGUGGGAACAAAUGGACAAUGGCAAACAGCUUACUCGCAACAGAAAGUUUUUGAUGGCGGUUCCUGUUGUUCUGUACUUGAUAGCUUCGCACACAACGGACUAUCAACACCCUAUGCUCUUCCUCAACACCCUUGCAGUCACUGUGCUGGUGGUUGCCAAACUACCAAACAUGCACAAGGUUCGGAUUUUCGGAAUCAAUGCCGGCAGCUAAGCAGCAGCAUACCACGGUAGACAGCCAUCCAUGAUGUUUCAUUUGGAUUUCAGGAUGUGGUGCACCUAGUUCUGAAUUGGAUCAUCAGAGUACUGAGUACCAGUGAGUAGUGUUUAAGAGCUGUUAGUAGAUGACAUGUAAUCAUUGUACAGAGAAAUGCUAAGGAGGCUGGAAAAAUGAUGCUUUCUGCAACUACAGAACAAGUUCUGUAGACUCUUUAAUGUUGCUAUAUGUUGUCUAGCAAGUAUUUGGCAAUCGAUACAUGCACAGUUCUGCUCUUUGUUUGUGAAGAGGUUAUACUUUUUCGUCA